CAGCCAAUCAUCGCUCGCAUGAGAGAUUAUCCAGAAUCCUUGGUAUGUUGUUGAUGUAUGUAUAUGAAGGGCAGCCAUGUUAGCUAARGUGAUUUUGUUGCUAGUUUAUUUUCUUAUUAUAUUUUUAGCUGCUAGAAUCCUCGACCUUACUUCAAGUUGGUUGGAAGCAGGGUGCCUGGCAUCUCAGUUCUUCGAUCCGUUCRCUCUCAGUGUCCGUAAACUAAAAGAAAUCCUAGACAAGAGAGGGAUAAGUUAUAAUGGAGCUGUCGAAAAGAACGAACUGGCCGAUUUGGUCGAGGCUUCUGGAGUUGUGACUGAUCCAGAUACAUGUCUUUCUAAGGAAAAUCCUCUAGAAAGCGAAGAAGAAGAUAAUGAGUUUGCUUUUACUAGAGCUUCUCACUUCUUCGAGGAAGUCGAAGACACCAAAGCAGGGAGUUGGCUCGUGGAAGUUAUCCCACAAGGAUGUUCGCCUGUCCUAAAUUCCAAGCAGUGGAAAUCCUUUAAACGUAAAAUUUCAUGGUUUGGGAUAAGAAUGGGUACGUUUAAAUGUGAGAAUGAUCCGUGGCUUUGCCAUAAGUAUCGUUGGAAUAAAACUUCAAUCAUCCUUUCUAUGCCACAGAGCAACCAGCCGAAGGGUAACGUCAUUAUCCAAACAUAUGAUACGAAAAAGAAACUUAAUGUGGAUCGCGUCUUUCGUUGGGUAAACUCCAARUUAUCUGCCAAAAUAAUGGAAAUAGAUACUAUAGAUAGUUUUCGUAAAAAUCUAAGGAAUCAGUUGGAAAAGAACUACAUAUACGUGGCUCUUUUUUCGACUCUCCCAGAACCCCCAAUGUUUUUGUCAUCGCUUUCCAUCAAAUUUACAGGUCGAGUACGGUUUGCAUACUACACAUCCCWUUCGAAAAGACCGGUAUCUAAGGAGCUUAGAGAACUUGGCAUAAAACGAAUACCUACUUUGAUGUUAUUUACUCCUGAAGGGAAAUUUGCAUUUGGUGAUAGAAAAGGGGAGAAAUUUGAUUAUGGAACCAUGGACCUUUUUUUAAAAACACUCCAUCCUGAAGUUAAUGAUCUGUUCCUGACUGCCCUUUGUGUUGUCAAUCUGUGUUGUCUGUUAGAGUUGUUCCUUAUGCGUGGUGGAUUACUAAGGAGGACGUUUCAACUGCUGUGUUUAUUAACAUUUUAUAAUACCAGUCUUAUCAUACUUUCUCUACCYGCCAUUGGACUCUUUCAACUUCCAGGCCUAUCACCUAUCCUUGAUGCUGGUCUUAAAUUUUGUCGCUCAGUYAUGAGCACAGAUGUUGCAGCUAUCAUACGAAAUGAUUUYCUKYUAUGCAUCAACUACAGGSGUGUCACACUGGCAGGAUACUUCGCAUUUGGAGCAUUAGCUGCUUGGAUAAGAAGGAAAUAUAAAUGCUACUUCAGGAUUGUGGAUGAUGAUGAUGAUGAUGAUCCCAACGCAGACUGGUUAACUCAAGACCUUAAUUACUUUUCACAGUURUUUCAGUCCUUAUCACAGUGGCACCCUCAAAUCAACUAUUCUCCUGCUAGUUUUGAAGAUGGUUUUGAUAUGUUAGUGCGCAGAUUAGCUGUUCCAGAUCUUUGGUUGCACCCUGUAUUUCCAACAGACUACAUAAAAAACCUCCCAACUUGGAYGUUUUGUUCUAUACAUGAGGAUCAUGCUUCCAUUGGUACUACCAUCAAAGAUCACUCWGAAAAUGGCUGCACCUGCUCCUGUGUUGGAUCUCAAAAACCUCCAGGAAUCAUGGUUAGCAAGGAUUGUACAAUAUGUUUGGAAGAAUUYACCUCUGGUGCAACAGUCCUUGGGUUACCUUGUGGCCAUUGUUUUCAUCAACAGUGCAUUGGAAUUUGGCUAACAAGUGGAGGUACCAUAGCACAUCAGUGCUGUCCCAUWUGUAGAUGGCCUGCAUAUAGACCCAAACUUGUUGGUUCUUCUCCACACACAGAUGGCACACAGAAAUAGUCUUUCUUGUACAUGUGUUACAGCUAUUUUUAGAAAAGGAGGUCUUGUGAUUACUGAAUAUAUACCAUGAAUUGCAGCACAAAGACAGUCCCAGUAAAUCAAAAUAUAUGUGUUUGAAGCCUAAAUGAAGACUUGGCAUGAAACAGCCAAUUUUUUKAUUUCACUUGACAUGUUUCCCUGUCUCAUGYGAAAUGUUCAUCUGCUGAAUCACUAGUUUCAAUCAAUGGAAAUCUUUCUGGUUGACAGCACAUGGGGGUCAGUGUUUGACCACCAUUUGGAGCAGAUAAUCAGAUUCAAAGAUUUUUAUCAGUUGAUUGAAACCUGGCAAUACAAUGGGGUUAGAGUAGGUCAAAAAAUAAUGGCUGYUCAAUACUAGCUGGACAUGAUGACCARCCACAUUGGACUGAUCAACAUGUCACCAGUCAAGAGGACUGUCCCAAGUGAUCCAUUCACUGGCCAUUAUUUUUAGCUUUGGAAAGUGUUUUUACAAGUACUAAACAUUUUCUUUUUCAUGGGACCUUCAUUUCCAAAAUUUUUCCAUUCACCAUACAUUUUUAAUAAUAGGUGUAUCACAGUUAACAAUUUUUUUYGUUCAGUUUUAUUAUGUAACAAGAUGUUGCAUCAAGGUUUAAUCAAAGAAAGUAUUUACCUUAAUUGAAUUUGAUUUUUAACAGCAUUGUCUUGGUAGGGAAAUAAACAGAUCAUUUUUAAUAAUUUAUGUUGAUCAUCAGCAAAUUUCUGUCAGCAUGGAUUACAUAAAGUAGUGUUUAUCUUUUGGAUUUGUUUGAGCACUGCCCUUUUCACUUCUCACUUGUCCAAUGCAAUCAUUAUGCUAAAGGAUUAUAUAAUGAAUUUAGAUUUCAAACAUUACUAAUGUUUGGUAGAGUGAAAACCAUAUAUCUAUGAAAUAAUACUAAUUAGUACAAAAUAGCUUGAAACAAUGAAAAGAAAAGAAAUGGCAUGAUGUGUUUAGUGUCAUUUAGUUUUUGCUAUUGCACAGAUAUAUGGUUUGCACUCUAAUAAAGUUAUUUGGUUGUAACAAAUGGUUUAUGAAUAUUUUGUGUUUYCAACAGAACUGUAAAUUGAGGUAAACUGUUUUUGGAAGUCAAUAAAAGCUCAAAUAUUA